ACGUAUGCAUAGUUUGUGUAAUAUAUAUUCCUUGUGGAAGGUUUGAAGAAUCGCUCCGGCUGUCAAAAACACAGACGGUGUGCCAAAAUCAAGGCAAAUUUCGACUAACUGCUACUCAGGGCUAGAUCGUUAAAUUCAUUACAUACAUUUUGUUCAAAUGAAAGUUCGUAGAAUAACACCGUUCGUAACAAACGACAACAACAGAGUCUUUAAAGUUGCGCUACGUGGAGUGUUGAUCUGUUGUGCCGGCAUCGGAAUUUAGCGAUGGCCAUAGAUAGCGUUAGUUUGGUCACUCUGGUGGCCGCCGGAAUGUUGCUGCGUGCCACAAUAUCGUUGCAUUCUUACUCGGGUGAAGGAAAGCCACCGAUGUUUGGUGAUUUUGAAGCUCAACGACAUUGGCAGGAAAUUACCGUGAAUCUUCCUAUCCGAGAGUGGUACGAGAACAGCACCGAUAAUGAUCUUCUAUAUUGGGGACUAGACUAUCCCCCGUUGACAGCCUAUCAUAGUUUGCUAGUUGGAAAAUGGGCCAUGGCGAGGGAUCCGGCUUUUGUGAGGUUACAUGAGUCGCGUGGUUUCACGGAGGUGGAACAUAAAAAUUUCAUGAGGAAUACAGUCCUGCUGGUGGAUAGCUUGCUGUACAUACCAGCUAUUUUAUUGGCUAGUAGUGUGGUGCGACGGAAAGUUAUCGGCGGUGAUGUUACCGGUAAAGAUCUGCUCGGGAUGAUGAUCGCAGUGCUGUAUCCCGGUCAAAUAUUGAUUGACAAUGGACACUUCCAAUACAACAACGUGUCGCUAGGUUUGGCCGCCUUGGCAAUCGCUGCUUUGCUGGCCGAUAGAAAUUUCCUUGGAUCAGUUCUGUUUGUCGCUGCUCUGAAUUACAAGCAGAUGGAGUUGUACCAUGCCUUGCCGUUUUUCUUUUAUCUGUUACAAUGGAGCUUUCAACAUUCGAUGAGAUUCGACUUCAAGAAAGGCGUCGUAAAUCUGAUUAUGUUGGGAACGGUAGUAGUUCUUACAUUUGCUACUAUUUGGAGUCCUUGGUUAGAAUCACUCGAAUCGACUGUCCAAGUCAUUCAUCGAGUAUUUCCGAUAGCAAGAGGAGUUUUUGAGGACAAAGUUGCGAAUGUCUGGUGUGUUGUUAAUGUUUUUAUCAAACUAAAGAACUUCGAAAACUCCAGGAUGGCUGUCAUCUGUUUGUGUUGUACAUUGUGCGCCGUUUUGCCAAGCAGCUUAGCGCUUCUCAUCAAACCAUCAAAGCAAAAUUUUCUUCUUGCUUUAGUUAAUUCGUCCCUUGGUUUCUUUUUGUUUAGUUUUCAAGUUCAUGAAAAAUCGAUCCUGCUGGUUUCAUUGCCGGUUAUGCUACUCUUUCAACUACGUCCCCUUCAAAGUUUUUGGUUUCUGCUAGUAGCCACCUUUAGUAUGAUACCUCUUCUUCACAAAGAUAAUUUGCUAAAUGCUUACAUUGCUCUAACAAUUAUGACAUUAAUAAUGCUUAAAGUUGCUCUAUUUGCACUGAAUAGAUUUCAGUCAGUGAGGAAAUACCACAUUAUAGAUUAUCUCAAAAUGAGUUCAUUGACUCAAGGCCUUUGGUACAUCAGUCCAAUAUGGAUAUACAGUUUCUACUGCUCUCUGAUAGGGCAAGCGAUAUUGUUAAUUUGUUUCGUUUAUAUUCAACCUCCACAGCAUCUACCGUUUCUUUGGCCGCUUCUCAUCUCGGCGUACAGCUGUGCACACUUUGUACUAUUUUUUGUUUACUACAACUAUCUACAGUUCUCUCCGGAUGAUAAAUUAUUCAUGGUUAGAAGUAGAAAGAGUGACAAAAGAAAAGUAAAAUAAAUGGAGUAGCAAAUUA